AAGAAGAAAAUAAUUGCGACUAUUUGGCUCUCGAUGCGUGUGCACCAUGUCGAGGCGCAAGCAGGCGAAGCCCCAGCAUAUCCAUUCGGACGAGCAGCUACCCCGGGAUACAGCGAAUGGGAGUCCACGAGACCUCCCAGGUGACAGAGGUGGCGAAAUGAGUUCCAAAAGGUGCCGGACGGAGGAAACCAAAAUCUGCCAGAAAUGCUGUGCGGAGUUCUUUGAUCUCUCUGAAUUCCUUGAGCAUAAGAAAAAUUGCACUAAAAUGCCGCCUGUUCUCAUCAUGAAUGAUGGAGAGGGAACCGUGCCCUUGGCAGGCUUCUCCGACAGCUCCUCGGGGAGCUUCUCAAGCAAUCAGAUGGACAGUAGAACAGCCAAGGAAAAUCACACCAAGAGUUGCUCGGCUCCUGGGGAAAAGCGUGAAGAAAGUGCCGAGGCUGAGCCAGUGGGAGGGAUGUACCUAAAAACAGAGCCCCCGGUUGCGCCCGCAGCCCUUGGGUUAAGCUAUCUCCCCAAACCCAAAGUACCCAACACUAAUGUGACUUUGCAGACCAUCCGUGGCACUAAAGUGGCUGUCAACCAGUGCACCUCGGAGGCCCCCUCUCCAUCAUCAGCUAACCUCAGUGCGAUUCCCAUGAUCCUCGAGCAGCUCGUGUGCCUACAACAGCAGCAGCUGCAACAGAUCCAGCUGACAGAGCAAAUCCGCAUCCAGAUUGCGAUGAUGGCCCCCCAUGUCCUGCAUUCUUCUCUAGCUGCUGCUGCCACAGACCCCCUCAAAGCUUUGGGUGCUCACAUGUCCCAACAAGUGUCAGCUGCUGUGGCUUUAAUUGGACAGAAAGCUGGGAACCAAAGCCUAUCCCUGGAAUCCUUGAAACAAGGCAAACUACCUCAUUCUAGUGUUGGCAUUCCGGCUGCAGUCUCCGUGGCUGGCGGGCUCAUGCCUGCCAUCUCCAUGAAGCCCGAUGCAAGCAGAAGCCUUCCAAAUUCCAUGUCCUGCUUCCAGAGCCCUUUGCUACCUCAGCCAUCCAGCUCGGUCAUCUUCCAGAACCCACUUUCUGCGGUUUCUCUGGCAGUUGACCCCUCAAAAAAGGGGAAAGGGAAGCUGCCCAAUGUGAACGUGUCUGAAAACAAGCCAGCUGUGGAAGAGUCCUUCUUCAAACACAAGUGCAAGUUCUGUGGCAAGGUCUUUGGCAAUGACAGUGCUCUACAAAUCCACCUCCGCUCCCAUACCGGCGAAAGGCCCUACAAAUGUAACAUUUGUGGCAAUCGCUUUACAACCAAAGGUAACCUCAAAGUGCAUUUCCAGCGGCAUAAAGACAAGUAUCCUAACAUCAAAAUGAAUCCUUACCCAGUACCUGAGCACCUAGACAAUGUGCCCACGAGCAGUGGAAUCCCAUAUGGGAUGUCUGUCCCACUAGAUGAAUCCAAUCUCAUUGUGGAUACUAAGCCUAUCUUGACCACACUGCCUACCUCGGUGGGUGCCGGCUUACCUCAGCACCCUUCUGGCCUGGCAAGUAGCAAGGAGUCUUUUGCCAGUGCUCUUCUGGGUGAUGCGCAGCCAAGGCCUUCCCCAGAAAGUGAAGGAGGUUCUUCAUCAGGCGUGACGAGCCAUGAAUCAGGAGUUGAGCAGAACAGGGGUUCUCCGCAGGCCAGUUGCAGCGUGAGUGCUUUUCCUGUCAGCCGAGCUGGAGAGCAAGGCUCUGAAACCACAAAGCUCCAGCAGCUGGUGGAGAACAUUGACAAGUCCACAGCAGACCCCAACAAGUGCUUGAUCUGCCACAGAGUGCUCAGUUGCCAGAGUUCCCUCAAGAUGCAUUACCGCACUCAUACGGGUGAGAGGCCAUUCAAGUGUAAGAUUUGUGGCCGGGCCUUCUCUACUAAGGGCAACCUCAAGACCCAUUAUGGGGUGCAUCGUGGAAAUACCCCAUUAAAGAUGCAACACUCUUGCCCUAUCUGCCAGAAGAAGUUUACAAAUGCAGUGGUGUUGCAGCAGCAUAUUCGUAUGCAUAUGGGGGGACAGAUCCCCAAUACGCCAGUCCCAGAAAACACCCGAGACAAUUCGGAUGUAGAGACUAUUGCAGCCGAGAAGAAUGGAGAUCCUUGUUGUCCAGAAGGUAAUGUAGAAUGUAUGGAGAUGGAAGGAGACCUCGAGCUGCUGGAUGGUCCAAGCCACUCCUCUAAACCCCUAGCUUCUUGCAGCGCUCAAGCAGAUCCUUCAACCUCUGUAUUUUCCAGUAUUUCAGUGCUGGAAAACCAGAUGAAAAUCGUAAAUUCAACUUUGAGCUUACAACGGCAAAGCAGCCUGAAGUCCAGUGAUAAUGGCUCAGCAGAGAGUGAUGGCAUGACCAAUGACUCUUCCUCGGUGGCAGGCGAUGCUGACUAUCAAAAUGGCAGCCGCAGCCCUGUUGCCUCUGAAUCGGCUUCCUUCCAGGCACUGUCUCCAGCCAACAGUCAAGCAGAGAGCACCAGAUCCAAGUCUCCAGGGUUCAGUGCCCAAGAAGAUGGAGUGGUGGGAAGUAAGGCUGAAGCCCCUGAGACCCAUUCCCUGGAAAGGGAUAGUGCUUUGGAUCUAACAUAUGGCAAUAUUGGUCGAAAGGUUAUCAAAGAGGAACCCGGGUUACACUUCUCAAAUGGAGAGUAUGGCCGAAGCAGUGUCCACACGGCUUUUGUCCGAGCCCCGCCAGCUCUAAUAAAAAUGGAAAUUCCUAGCGAUCGCCCCAUUAGCUCGAGCCAUUUUAUUGGUCCUCCCGCAUUGUCGCCUGGUGUGCCUCCUCUUCUGGUGCCCCUCCCUCGCCGUACUGCAAAACAACACAUCUGCACCACAUGUGGCAAGAACUUCUCAUCAGCAAGUGCUCUUCAGAUUCAUGAGCGGACUCACACGGGCGAAAAGCCGUUUGCGUGCACCAUCUGUGGAAGAGCUUUCACCACGAAAGGGAACCUGAAGGUCCAUGUUGGAACUCACAUGUGGAACAAUUCAGCUCGCCGUGGAAGGAGACUGUCCAUUGAUAACCCCAUGGCUCUGCUCAGCAGUGACCCAAAGAAGGUGUCAGAGAUGUUUCCUAAGGAUGUUGUGCCUCCGUCGGUCAACCUUGACUCUGCUGCAUGGAACCAGUAUGCUGCUGUGCUCAGUAAUGGCUUGGCCAUGAAAACCAAUGAGAUCUCAGUGAUCCAGAGUGGAGGCAUCCCUUCUCUUCCAACCACAGUAGGAGGAGGUCCAGCAAUCAAUGUAGCAAUGAAUUCCACCACAGUGUCCAAGAUGGAUAGUUCCCAGUCUGCAAUUGGGGUUGAGCUGGAGAAACCCAGUAGUACUGCUGCAGACAAUGUGCCAAAAUGCCAAUUCCCCCACUUUAUGGAGGAGAACAAAAUUGCUGUUAAUUGAGAACAAGAAAACUUGAGAGGAGG